UACGUUCUUUUAUUUUUCCUUCUUUCGCUUUUUGAUGUUUUUUUUUCCUCGUCUUUCUAUUUCUAUGUGCUGAAGUAGGAAGAGGUAUAGCUGUAAAAUUUCCCAAAACCUCAUUUCAUCCUUAUCUCCUCGCUCUCAUUAUCGAUGGGGGGGCCCUGGCGAUCUAGGGCUUCUUCGUUUUGCUUAUGGAUUUUCUUCGAAGGGUUUGAUUAGUUUAUGAACGAGAUUCCUUGAGUCAAAUGUCCUAUAAAAGCGACAUUCUUAAAAAAAAGGACUUGGAAAUCGUUUAAUGUGUUUACUGAAGAAUUAUGAGCCUUUUGCAUUGAUCGCAGGGUUGCUUGAUUUCAUGAUUUAGAGAGUGGGAGAACAGCGCGCAAGUAGAAUAGAUAGGGUAUGUUUGAUGGAUGAUAUGGCUUUGAGAGACAGAGAUCAUGCAAGUGAUCUUGAAAGUGGUGGUACUACUAGCGAAGAAGGAAGUAAAGAACCUAUUUCAGGCAUUGGACAAGUAAAGAGGUUGUUGAACAGGGUUUGGAGUGGUUCAGUCAGAGGUGAAGAUGGCAUGAAUGCAUGCCGUACUUCGAACUCUGGUGAGUUUUCCACCGAGAAUCAGGGGUUUGUGACAGACAAGAAUUCUGGAGGGGAAGAAUCGGUCGGCCUCCCGGAAAAGAAAGUGGCCAAGGAGAAACGUAAGAAACCAAGGUCUAAAAAACCUCCAAAGCCUCCUCGACCACCCAGAGGUCCAUCUUUGGAUGCGGCUGAUUUGAAACUGAUUAAAGAGUUAUCGGAGAUUGCUAUGUUGAAGAGGGCGAGAAUUGAACGGAUGAAGACUUUGAAGAAGAUGAAAGCAGCUAAGGCUUCAUCAUCGAAUAGCACUUUGUCUGCUAUGCUCAUCACUGUUCUCUUCUGCAUUGUAAUUAUUUUGCAAGGAAUGUGCUCCAUAGGCCGUUCAAUUUUGAAUUUCAAUGGAUCUCCUACAACAAUGGGAUUGAUUUCGAUUCGGCAUUACAAGAAUCAUUCAGCAAGAGGUGCCAAUGAAACUCUUCCUGCACCAAAUCAUUCAGAUAGCGUUGCCAAUGGAACACUUUCUGCAUCAAAGUUUUCAGUGAGUGAUGCCAAGGGAAUUCUUUCUGCAUCAAAGCUUUCAGCAAGUGAUGCCAACGGUACUCCUGCCCCAACGCUUGCAACAAGUGAUGCUAACAGAACUCUUUCUGCAUCUCUCAUGUACGUUCAGUAGAGGUCGUCUCUGGGUCGGGUCCCCAAGAAAAUGCGAGUAGAGUUGCAUGAUGAUAUGGAGAACAUGUCAAAGAAUGUCACUAACACCCUGGUAUAUCCGAGGUGCUUGGCUGGUUUCAGUAAAUAGACUUGAAUCUUCAUCUCCUUGUAAAUUGAUGUCUGUGAAAGUUCAUUUUGGUGAUUUGGGUUUGUAAAUAUAUAAGAGAAUCUACUUUUUGAAGCUUUAACGCAUGAAAUGGUUCUUUCCUUGUACAAAAACUCAUGGUGGGGUAAUUACUAAUUCAGUGGAUUUACAUUUACGUUCCA